AUGGCCGGGAAGGUGGCGCUGCUCCUGUGGGCCCAGACCCUCAGCCUCGCUGGUGCCCAGACCACCCAACUCCUGGUGGAGCCCCCCUGGAGGCCAGCAGUGCUGUGGGACCAGGUGACACUGACCUGCCAGGGCUCGGGGACUGCUGGUGCCACCACCUGGUACAAGGACGGGCAGUGUUGGUGGCAGGAGGGACAGGACCGCCUCACUGUCACCAAGAGUGGCACCUACACAUGUGACAGACCAGGCACUGGGCGCAGCCCCCCCUUGACAGACGUAGAUGACCAGCUGGUGCUGCAGGUGCCAGCGCGGUCACUGCUGAAGGGGGACACCUUGACACUGCGCUGCCGGUGCCGGCAGGACAACCAUCUCACCAGGGUGCGAUUUUACCGGGAGGAGAAUGAUCUCAGCAGGUCCCUCAAGGGAAACAAGCUGUCCCUUUCACCUCUGCAGCUGCACCACAGCGGCCGCUACCAAUGUGAGGGCGUGGUGGGGUCCUGGCAGUCACGGUCAGCACCAGUGACAGUGACAGUGCAUGGGGUCCCGCCCUCGGGGGUGUCCCUGUCAGUGCAGCCCCCUGGGGGGCAGGUGACACUCAGGGACAGCCUGGUGCUGAGCUGUGCGGUGGCCGCGGGGACAGGUCCCCUGUCCUUCUACUGGCACCGGGAAGGCUCAGGGGCACUGCUGGGCACCGGCCCCCACCAGGAGCUGUGCCACGUUGGGGACAAUGACAGCGGCCAGUACCGGUGCCGGGUCAGUGACGGGAACAGCGUGGCCGAGAGUGACCCCCUGAAUGUCACCGUCCUGGUGCCCGUGGCCAUUGCCACCAUCACUCCCAGCCCCCUAGCACACCAGGUGCAUGCAGGUGAUGCUGUGACCCUGCGCUGCUCAGUGCAGGUGGGCUCAGCCCCUGUCACCUUCACCUGGCUGCACAAUGGGCAGGAGGUGGCCCGGGGUCCCCUCUUGGAUCUCGGGGACAUCGAUGUGGGACAUUCGGGCACCUACCAGUGCGUGGCCACCAACCAGCUGGGACAGGACGGGCACCGCGUGUUCCGGGCUCUCAGCACUGAGUUGGCCCUGGAGGUGACACCUGGCUCACCCUGGGUCACAGCAGUGGCUGUGAAUGUCAGCAGGACCCUCCUGUUCCUGCUCCUGCUCCUGGCUGUCAUCGGGGGCUGUCACUGGUGGCACCGCCAGGCUCUCAGGAAAUCCCAGGACAGGGCCCCCACAGGUAUGCCCCAGCCCUGCCCCACCUCGGGAUCCACAAGUGACCAACGUGGAGCUGUCGGGUCCCCACGAGGCACAACAGGACCCCCGACUACGAUGACGUGCUGUGAUAUGGGGGGAAAUGGGGGCAUCGAUUCCCCUCAGGGGUCUCUUCUUCCUCUUCACAGCACCCCACAGGGCUCCUCAUUUACCCUUCCAGUGCUGAGGGAGCAGACAACGUUAUUGAACCCCUAG